AUGCUCUUCCAACUCCCGUGCUCACAAUCCCAACCGAGUCUAUCACCCAUUCAUCCAACUCAUCCUCUCAGACCUCCUCCUCCUCCUCCUCCUCCUCAGCCGAGCACUCAGCCCACCCACCAUCCACACCCAAUUAUCACCCAACAGCCCUUCAAUUACCACGGCCCACUCAGCAGCAACAAUACUCCCCCAUCAUCCACGGGCUCAGUCCAGCCUAUCAAGAGCUCAUCCUCCUCCGAGUCACUCAAAAAUCAAAACCAAAAUCACUACAACAAUAUCCCACCACCACCCUCAUCUGCCGCGAGUAGUAGCAACCAGAGCAUCUUCAACUCAGCAGCCAGCGCCCUAGUCGAGACCACCAACACCAACUCACUCAACCUGCUCCCUGAUUUCCAAUCAGCAUCUCUUCCAGCUCUGACCCCACCUGUCACGAGGAAGAAUGAUAUCUUGUCGGAUAAGAUGGGCAAUAAUAAUAAUCAGCAGCAGCAGCAUAAUAAUAAUAAUAAUAAUAUUGUUACCGCCAGCCAUCUUCAAGCGCCAGACGAGCCCUUACUCAUCUCAACCCUCAACCUACCUCCAUCGAUCUGCUCCUCAUCUGCUGCUGCUGCUUCCUCCUCCUCAGCAAUCGAUCACUCUCCGCUCUCGAUGAACCUCAACUCUGUCCUUGGCUCCAGACCGACCCCCUCGACGACCUCCUCACCGCUCUCAAUCUGGCCCACUCCCAUCACUGGCCAGCCUCUGUCUGAGUUUGAUGACCCAUUCAGAAUAUUCCAGCAGCAGCAACAACAGCAACAGCAACGACAACAACAACAACAACAACCUUUCAUCAUGACCCAUCAGCAGCAGCAGCCCUCCACCUCUUCCUCCUCCUCCUCCCCAUCCUCGCACUCCAAUCUCCAGCAGAUUCCCCCACUCGUUCAACCCCAGCCUCGAGCUCAGCCCGGCCAGAUGCUGAUCGAUCCCUCCAGUGAACUCGUCUUUGCUGCUCAUCCUACUAGCGAUCAGUCCACCGCCCAUGACUUCCUCCCUUCACCCCCGUCCCCCUCCGGCCUGAUCGCUCAGCAUCCUCACUUCCAUCAACUUAACCACCAUCCUCAUCAUCCACUCUAUCAGCAUCACUACGGCCGUCAUAACUCUAUCUCAAGCCCUAUCGAUCACCCAUCCUUCACCCCGACCAACCUUCAGCUUCACUCUUACCCUCACGCUCAUCACCCUCAUCAACCACAUCUCCACAACCCUUGGAAUGCCCCCGUCGAUCUCGGUCACCCGGCAACGUUCUUUGACCCGUUCCAGAUCAAACAUCGUCGCCGAACUACUCCUGCUCAGCUGGGCAUCUUAGAGGCACAAUUCCAGUCGAACUGCAAACCCGAUGUGGCAUUGCGCAAGCAGCUCGCCGAUCGGCUCGACAUGACUCCGAGGGAGGUCCAGGUUUGGCUAAAACGAAGAAGCUCUGAGAAAAGAGCCGAGCAAGAGUCUGGCAAGAGUGCCGACCCCGAGGCCAACGGCAAUUCGUCUCGACCAGCAGCAAGCCCCCCUGCAUCAAUCUAUCUUAGUCCACCCUCGAUGCGAGCGCUCGCCUUACCAGCCGGUAUCAAUGAAAAUCCAGAUCAACUGCGCAUCGGUGUAUCUCCCCCAAGUCUGACCAGUGCGGCUCAUGCUAACGGGGAGAGUGAAGAGCUAGAAGAAGGACUUCAAUAUCGAUUCGAUACCAACACCGAUCGUCGACACCGUUCUCACUCGUUACAUCAUCACCCAUACUAUCUCCCUCCUUCGAAUAUCUUCUCUGGCCAGGCCAGCAAUACUCUUACCCCCUUGCCGAUCGGAAAUGGUACACUGGCCCAACAGCACCAGCAACAGCAACAGUUUAGCGAACCUGGUGGUGAGGAUCCAUCGCUCAUCUGCCGCAGGAGCAGUAACACCUCGAUCGCCUCAUCCACCGCCACGGCUACCGACUCCAACCUCAUCCGCACCCCAACAACUACCGAGUUUAGUACCGAGGAUAGCACUGGAUUGCCCGAUGGGUUUGAUCCCCGAAGACGAUCAUCCUGUCCUGCUGAAUUUAUCCAAUCCUUUGGUCAUUUCGGAUUGGCAAACGGCCAAUUGACCGAUGUCACGAAUGCCCAGAUUGGGUUGGAUUCAUCGUUCAUCCCGACUAGCCAAAAUGGGGACCAUCUCCCAUCCAAACUAUCCUUUGCCCCUCAUCCCUCUGCUCCAUUUACGAUCUUGGAAGAUCAAAACGGGGGGUGGGAGGCCCAAGUGGAUUGCUGGAAGGGCGAGACGACUCGGGAAGGGAUUCAAAGACGACACUCUCUCGCCACCAUCGGCAGUCCUCCACUCGAGAUGCAUGAGCUCCAAGCCGACGGACCGAUUCCAAGCGAUCAACUCAACCCCACUCAGAACGGGUUUUCAUCGCUCUUCGCCUGGGGAGGGCCCAACGGAUAUCCGCCCAAGAGCUUGUCUAACUUCGACUCCCAUCCCUCCUCAACCAUCGUUAGCUCGAACAAUGUCUCGAAUGGGUGUAUGCCCGGUGGGUAUGGUCGUCGGGCUUCUACAUCUGUUCUUAAAUCGAUCGAAGAACACCCUGGAAAUAUGUGGAACUAG